AUGGUCUUUUGUUUUUGCUGUGUUCAUUCACAGAACAAACCAACGUAUCAAUAGGCUAUAAUUUAAUAAAUAUAUAUAUAUAUAUCUAAUUAUUUAACUAGGAAUUAAUGAUUAAUUUCAUUCAUUGUGUCAAAGGGAGUGAAACAGAUUAUUUCCCUCCAUACUAUCAGAAAAAGAAAGGUGUUGAAUAUCACCUUUUACAGGACCUGUGGGUAUUUAGCUGGAAUUAGUUUUAAGUGAUCACCUUCAUCCUGAUGGGAGUGUUCCCUUCCAGGGUGCCACCGGACACAAAGGGACAAAAAAGGGAUAGCAAACAAUAAAAAUAUAUAGUCUUUAUGACCUCCAGCUCUAAAAAACAACUAAACAGUUAUGGGACAUUUUGUGUCUAUUUGCUAUCCAGCACCAUUAUCAAAACACCAAAUCUGGGAAUAUCUUUUAAAACGACAUCCAGACUAUCAGAUACCUGGAGAGUUAACGCCAACUCUUAUAGGAGGGGUUGUCAUCUUAUUUCGCCGUAUUAUUACCUUAAAUCAAUCUCUAAUAUGAAGCAUCUCAAGGAGAUUGCUGUUGUGAUUUGUUGAGAUUUCAAUCUGAGAGCGAACUUCGGGACACUGCACACUCACAGGUGAAUCAGCCAGUAAAUUGCCCUGUGCUAAUAAAACGUGUUUUAUUCAGCAUAACUGUUGCUUGUGAUUAAGUGUAUGAAGUUCUAAGUACAGCCAAGGAAGUAGAGAGCAGUUUUCCAUAGAUAUUGGAGCAGUUGUAGGAGUUUUCUUUCCUGCAUUUUUGCUUUUCUUGGAUAUUCUAAUUCAAACAGACUGACGGAGUAUUUACACGGUGUUGUAGGCAAAAUCUAAAUGAUCUGUGAAGGGGGAUGAUGGGUAAACAGUAGAGGGCAGCAGUCGGAGAGCUAAUGGGCUGGCUGAAACGUGACGAAGUGAAACAGGAAGUGCGUCAUUGUGUUUCCUUGUUGACGUUUUGUUUUAGGAAAAGGCGGCAAAUGGUGAUAGGGCACAGGUCUGUUUCUAGGGCUUGGCUUCAGUUUGUUCGUGGUUUCUGCAACGUUCACCGCAGCACUGACGGACAGUGGUCGGAGAUGGCGGGUAAGAGAGGAGCGCUCAUCGUGCUGGAGGGGGUGGACAGGGCCGGGAAGACCACGCAGUGCAGCAAGCUGGUUCAAGCUCUGCAGCAGAGCGGCAGGCCGGCUGAGAUGAUGAGAUUCCCCGACAGGACCACGACGAUCGGACAGCUGAUUGGGGCUUACCUGGAGAACAAGAGUGAUUUGGAGGACCACACGGUGCACUUGUUGUUCUCUGCAAACCGCUGGGAGAUGGUCAGAAACCCAAUGGAGGUUUUUUGUCUUCUUCAGGGCUUCCGCCUGGACUGGUGCAUGCAGCCUGAUGUGGGACUGCCAAAGCCAGACCUCGUAAUGUUUCUGCAGCUGAACCCGGCCGAGGCUGCUCUCAGAGGACAGUUUGGGCAAGAGAGAUACGAGACGAGCGUCUUCCAAAGAACAGUGCAACAGCGGUUUGAACAGCUGAUGAAGGAUCAGACAGUAAACUGGCAGGUGAUCGAUGCAGCACAGAAUAUUGAAAAUGUUCACAAAGACAUCACAGCCCACAGCCUCAAUGCCAUCAACAAAGCACAGAACCUGCCGCUCGGAGAGCUCUGGAGUGAAACUCUUCAAAACUAAAGUCCUCUCCUGCACCCCACAAACUUCAUCCCACACGUUUACUUGAGUAAAAUAUUACGUCCCACACUUGUACAAGUCAAGAGAGCUAUACAAAUUGAAAUUCAGCUCUUUUUAUUUUUGCUUUUUUCAUUCUUUUACAUAACUAUUGUUCUGUCACCUGCCUAUAUACUGCUUUGAUUAAAUAAAUAAUCUUCCAAUGGA